AUGAACUCGAAUGCUCCGUCAUCAAGUGCUAGAGGAAAUGGAUCGACGGAUUCAACAGCUCCCAGAAGAAAUUCCAAGCGACCCAAAUAUUCGAGGUUUACACAACAGGAACUUCCGGCUUGCAAGCCUAUUCUUACACCUAAAUGGGUGAUUUUUACGUUCUUUCUUGUCAGUCUUGUCUUUAUUCCCAUUGGACUUGUCUCCCUCUUUGCUUCUCAGAAUGUUGUCGAAAUUAUUAAUCAGUAUGAGACUGAUUGCAUUCCUUCAGAUUCUAGAAAUGACAAAGUUGGGUUUAUACAGAGCUCCCGAGAUAAAACCUGUAAUAGAACACUGACAGUUCCAAAACAUAUGAAGCAGCCAAUUUAUGUGUAUUAUCAGCUUGACAAUUUUUACCAGAAUCAUCGCAGGUAUGUGAAGAGCCGAAGUGAUCAGCAGUUGAGAAACCCAGGAAAUGAGGAUGACACAAGUGCCUGUAAGCCCGAAGAUACUACUGCAAAUGGGAUGCCAAUCGUUCCUUGUGGUCUUAUAGCAUGGAGUCUCUUCAAUGACACUUAUGACUUCAGCCACAACAACCGUCAGUUGUCCAUAAACAAGAGAGGUAUCUCAUGGAAGAGUGACAGAGAUCACAAGUUUGGCAAAAAUGUCUACCCCAAAAACUUUCAGAAUAAUCCUCUUGUAGGUGGUGCUCGACUUAAUUCAUCAAAACCAUUGAGUGAGCAGGAAGACCUUAUUGUUUGGAUGAGAACUGCAGCUCUUCCAACUUUCAGAAAACUGUACGGUAAAAUAGAAGUGGAUCUUCAGGCUGGCGAUGUCAUUACUGUGACAAUACAAAACUAUUAUAAUACAUACAGCUUUAAUGGCAAGAAAAAACUUGUUCUCUCUACCACCAGCUGGCUUGGAGGAAAGAAUGACUUCCUUGGGAUCGCGUAUCUGACUGUGGGUGGCUUGUGCUUCUUUUUGGCCUUGCUUUUUACAAUUAUUCAUCUUGUUAAACCAAGGCAACUGGGAGAUCCAUCUUAUUUGUCGUGGAAUAGGAAUCCCGGAGUUCACCAAGCUUGCUCGUGA